AUGGUACAGCCCACGGGCAGGAAACUCGCGGAUCUGAGCAUAGAUGAAUUUUUAACCUCUGGGUUUGAGUCGGAAUUUGAAGGUGACUUAGAAGAGACUUUGGAGCUGGCAGAAGAAGGCAUUAAAGGGAAGCAAAGCCAGAAUGAGGAGGAAGGUGGCAGGAAAAAGAAACCCGUCAAAAUGAACAUGGCAGAAAAUUCCCAGAACUUGGCUCCCCAAAAAACCCCACCAGGUGCACCCGUCGCGUUAGAAAGGAAACUCGCGGAUCUGAGCAUAGAUGAAUUUUUAACCUCUGGGUUUGAGUCGGAAUUUGAAGGUGACUUAGAAGAGACUUUGGAGCUGGCAGAAGAAGGCAUUAAAGGGAAGCAAAGCCAGAAUGAGGAGGAAGGUGGCAGGAAAAAGAAACCCGUCAAAAUGAACAUGGCAGAAAAGAAAGUGAGGAAGGGGAAGGCAUCUGAACACAAGGACCAGCUGUCCCGGCUGAAGGAGAGAGAUCCGGAGUUUUACAAGUUCUUGGAAGAGAAUGACCGAUCCCUGCUGAACUUUGAUGACUCGGACAGCUCCGAGGAGGAGGGGGAGAAAGGGCUGCACACGCUCCCUGACACGCUGGAGGAAGUGAGCGAUGAUGACGAUGACAACGAAGAAGAAACCAUGAGACGGAAAAAAGUCGACUUCAUCACUGUGAGCUUGAAGAUGGUGGAGCAGUGGAAGCAGGCUGCAAAGAAGGGGCUGACACCCAAAAUCUUCCACGAGAUCACUCAGGCCUUUAAAGCUUCCGUGGCAACUACCAAAGGAGAUGAGGGUGGAGCCGAUCCCAGCAAAUUCAAAGUCACGGACAGCGCUGUGUUCAACGCUCUGGUGUCUUUUUGCAUUCGGGACCUCUUUGGCCACCUGCAGAAGCUGCUUCAGGUGAAGGUGCUGAAAGACAAAUCCAAGCUGGUGCUGCCCUCAACCAGCCCGUUCUGGGCCAAGCUGCGACUGGAUAUCAAGAUGUACCUGAGCUGCACUGUCCAGCUCCUGUCCUGCUUGACAGAAGCCUCCGUGGGAGCCGCGGUCCUGCAGCAUGUGAACACCAUCGUGCCUUAUUACCUGUCCUUCCCCAAGCAGUGCCGCAUGCUGCUCAAGCAAACCAUCCAUCUGUGGAGCACAGGGGAGGAGACUGUGAGAGUCUUGGCCUUCCUGGCGCUGAGCAAAGUCUGCCGGCACAAAAAGGAGCUCUACCUGAACCCGGUGCUCAAGCAAAUGUACAUCGCGUUUGUGAAGAACUCCCGCUUCACCUCCCCCAACGCCCUCCCCAUGAUCAACUUCAUGCAGCGGACCCUGGCAGUGAUGUAUGCCCUGGACACCCACGUGUCCUACCAGCAUGCCUUCAUCUACAUCCGCCAGCUGGCCAUUCACCUCCGCAGCGCCAUGACAAUGAAGAAGAAGGAGAACUACCAAUCUGUCUACAAUUGGCAGUACGUCCACUGCUUGUACUUCUGGUGCCGGGUCCUGAGCACGAUCUACCCCAGUGAGAUCCUGCAGCCACUCAUCUACCCUCUGACCCAGGUCAUCAUUGGUUGCAUUAAACUGGUGCCCACAGCUCGUUUCUACCCCCUGCGCAUGCACUGCAUUCGUGCCCUCACCCUGCUGUCGGAGAACACCCGGACUUUCAUCCCAAUUUUGCCCUUCAUCCUGGAGAUUUUCCAGCAGGUGGAUUUCAAUAAGAAGCCAGGCCGCAUGAGCUUGAAGCCCAUCAACUUCGCUGUGAUCCUGAAGCUCUCCAAUGCCAAUCUGCAGGAGAAAGCCUUCCGAGAUGGACUCAUUGAGCAGCUGUAUGACCUGACUCUUGAAUAUGUCCACAGCCAAGCCUACAGCAUUGGGUUCCCAGAGCUGGUCUUGCCAGCAGUCAUUCAGCUCAAGUCCUUCCUGAAGGGAUGCAAGGUUGCCAACUACUGCAAGCCAAUGCGGCAACUUCUGGAGAAGCUGCAGGAAAAUGCUGCCUACAUUGACAGCCGGCGCCAGAAAGCCACCUUUGGCGUGGCCAGCACGGAGGCUGUGGAGCGGUGGGAGAGGCAGGUCCAAGAGGAGGGAACACCGCUGACCAAGUACUAUGUGCAGUGGAAGAAACUGAGGGAAAAGGAGAUCCAGUUGGAAAUCAGCGGCAAAGAAAGGCUUGAAGACCUGAAUUUCCCAGAAAUCAAGCGCAAGCGGCUAGAGGAUAGGAAGGAGGAAGACCACAAGGAAUUCAAGGAUCUCUUUGAGUUGGACAGCGACUCUGACGAGGAGAGCGGUGGAUUCUCUGUGAAAGGGAAGACGAAAGCCAGGAAAGCAUCGAGAGCGAAGGGAAGCCCAGAUGGAGACUCAGACCUGAGCAGUGCAGGGGAGGAUGAGGACCUGGACGAUGAUGAUGAUGAGGAGGAAGGAGAGUAUGAAGUGGAGGAGGAAGAGGAAGGCAGCGAUUCCAAUGGGGAGGCUGAGGGGCGCUUGCAGCUGACCAGGGCCGACCUGGAGCAGCUGGCCCGCGGCGAGGAGGAUGUCGUGGAGGACCUUGACAUCUCUGAUGAGGACUGAAGGCCUCAGGACCUCAUGGACAAUGGCACGUGGCUGCAGAGGGCAGUCACUGGCUGGUGCCACGGCACAGCCCUCUCCCACCCACUUCCCAGGAGGCAGUAAGAGCCCCAUGGGGCGGGCAGCCGCCUGCCACAGGGUGCAGGGGAGGGCUCCCUCACCAAGGCAGUGAAGACGCCGCUUGGACGCCUCAGCCCUUUUCCCACCAGUUUUAUGGUUUUGGAGAACGUAAUAAAAUUUGUGGUCAGGUCUGGGCCAGUAAAACAGCUCCGCAGAGGUAAUAAAAACACCCUCAUUAAAAUCCAACUUCGGAGCCAGCCAAGGCUCACUGCAGCUCCACCAGAGUGGUGAGGAACCGAACAGCAGGGCAGAGGGGGUGCCAGCCCUACUGAAGCUCCAGGCUGCGGUGCCACGCACCCCUGGGCAAUGUCCAGGGGCCACCCACUGGCUCCCCAGUCCCUGGCCAAAGUGCCUCAGCUCUGCUAAGUCCUCGAGGGCUAACUGCAGUGUCGAUACUGGAGUUUCCCGCUGCCACCCAAAGCAGACCAGCCCCAUGCACCACUGCAAAUGGUUGAGGGUGUUGCCUCUCACUGGUGUGCGGAGUGGGAGUUCUGGGGUAGGUCCCCCCAGGAACGAUGCAGGCAGGCGGCUCGGCCCUGAGAAAUCUCACCCACCUCCUGGUGCAGCUCUGCUCUGUCUUAAGCAGAGAACACCCCCCCCGCCAGAGCCGGCAGGAGGGCUCCUCAUAUGCGUUCAGUCAUGGCUGGUUACGUUUGUGAUGAAAAGGCUCUGCAGGGCCGAUGGCACGAAGAGCCAAAGCCCCAAGCACACGAGCUGGGCUCUCUCCCAGCUCCAGUGGCUCCAGCUGCCUUGUCCACCCUGCUCAAAGGGUGGACAGCGUGUGCUGCUUCUAGCUCGCUCGGUCUUUCUCCUUGUUGCUUCCCAUGGGCUGAGCCCACAGCACAAGGACACUGCUGCAGAACUAGGCCACCUGAGGUUUUGGCCUUUGGUGCCUUUGCUGCUGUGAGAGCAAAGCUCACAGUCUUCUGGAAAUUACUUACGUAAGGAACUCAGCCAGCAGUGAGACAGAUCACUGCUCCCUGCCUGCACCCCUCCUCAUCUCUGAGUUAUCAGCACAUGGGAGCUGGUCACUGCUGGGCCACUUGCGCUUAUUUGCCUUCCCCUUGGAUGGUGAUGUGAGGCAGAGCAUCCGGUCUCCUUACGCUCGGGAGCAGAGCAGGCUCAAUAUGGGAAUCAUUGAGAUAGAUGGGGGAAGCGGAGCCUUGGCAGGGCAUUAAUCAAAUCCCUUUCUAGAGCAUGGCUGCAGCCUCACACCACUUGCUGCCCUGCUCCUCGGGGCUGGCAGUGAUUGCUCUCUGCUUGGAGGGGAAGCGGGAGACAUACUAGGUACCUGGCUCUCCUCUUCACUUUGCCCUGAAGCUGCUCACGUCUUGUCUUCUCUGGUGACCAGAGUAGCAGGUCCCAGUUACCUGCAUCCUAUGCUACAGUCCCAGCUAGUCAAAAGCAGGGCUUAGCACCACGAGGGCAGUACAGCUUCCCCUUGGGCUGUGCUUCCCCAAAGCCAAGUGGGAGCCAGAGUGUAUCUCGGUUUCCGUCCAGUGCAAGGACAGCAGCCAUCGCCCUCACUCCAAGCUCCCUGCUCCUCGGUUUGUGCAGAGCUGCUCAGCUCCUGCUUCAGGACAUCAUUGUUGCUCUGGUGAGUCACAGUGCAGCAGCACUGGGGGCAUUUCCAGCUAAACCUUAGCUUCUUGCUGGUGUUUUGGGAAAGGGGCUCAAACCUUUUUUUUUCCGUCUCUUAAUUUUGUUGGUAAUGGUUCAAGAGACAUAUGGAAUCCAGAUUUGUGGUCAGACAACAGGCAAGAGCUGUCUUCUCCUUACCUCACUGCGUUUUGCCAGGGCUAGGAGCUGCCUUCAAAGGCAACAGUACAGUUGAAUAAUGCCCCUUCCCACCAUGGAGCAUGUAGGUGCUGGGGGGGUGUCAGAGGAAGGGCUGUUCUCUGCAGCCCAAAGAUGGCUGUUGUCUCAGCACAGCACCCCCAAGACGCGCACUGACCAGCCGAGGAUGGUGCAGGCCUGACAACGCACAGGGCCUUUCUGCAGAGCUGCUGGAGCGCAGUCCGUGACGUGGAUGAGCUCAGGGAUGCGCCAUCCAGCAGCCAUGGGGAGCGGCGUUUGCAACGCUGGGGUGUGACUCCUGUAGCCACGUGGCCAGGUUUUAUGUUCCGACCGGACGCUCUGCUCCACGGUCUCACCACAUCCUGUGACAGCAGAGUCCGUGCUGCUGUAUGCCAGCAGUGCCCUGGACUGCAGGCAUGGUGCUGGGGGAGCAAGUCGUUUGCAGUAGCUGUGUUGUGAUAGCAGAGGGGGUUUGGCUCCCAGAGUACCCCCGAGUUGUGCAUGCGGGAAAAGGGGAGCAGGGCAGUCUUUCCAUCCUGCGAUCUGCUCCAUUAAGUGGCAUGAAGGGAAGUUGGGGUAUAGACUCCAAACUUCUUUUUCUCUACUUUUUAAAAAGCUUGAAAGGGGAAUUUCACUUUGAAGCAAAAGAAAACUGGUUCCAUUUCGGUUUAGCUUCCCCUCUAGAGAGGGAGUAGAACCAAAUUCUUCAUGCUAAGAGAAAGUGGUAGUUGUUGUACUAUAACCCCUCUUGUCUGUGGCUAUCAAGUUUUACCCUCAAGACAGUUCUGACUUGCUCUGCAAAUGCUUCCUGCUCCACCCCUGCCCAUGCAGCCCCAGUUUGGGCCUCCCAGCCUCCCUGUGGGGGCCUUAGCAGCAAGAGCCUUUCAGCCCAUUUCUCAGUGUUGCUCUUUCUGGUCAUACACCUGGAUUGGGCUCUUCCGCCCAGCCGUCUUGCAGUACAGGAGGGACCCAGGUCAAAUGCAAAAGAAACACGGUCCCAGCACGCAGGGCUUGCAGUCCUCAACCUGAGUAUGUGGGAGACGUCUGCACAUACCUGAGCACUGGCAGAUGUCGGCCCGGGAGAAGCAUGUACCCUGGGUAAAUUAAGUGGUUUUUUUAUUUAAAUCGAUUGCUGGAAAGCCGUUAUCGUGACGUGAUGGAUAAUGACAAUUCUUUUUACAAUAUAAAGAAGCUAAUGUACCACCAAGCUAUUUGUUAAGGAAAAAAAAACCCCCAAACGGUAGCACGUGCAACGUUUAAACAAAAAGGAAAGAGAGAGAGAGAGAGAGAGAGAGAGAGAGAGAGCAAGACGUACCACAUGUGAUUGUUGCUCACAACUGUACACGUCACAGAAGGGCACCUCCGGGAAUCACCGUCUCGUUCACAGUAGUAAAAACCCUUCCCACGUCCAGCCUGAGUUCCCUGCCCCCGCGGGCACGCGCAGGGCCCGGCCUCCUGGUGCUUAGCAGCCCAGAAUGUGCACCUACGCCCGCCUCUGUAACAAGGCUUGUAGAAAAAGAGCACCCCCUUCCCCCAGACAAACAGGCAAUGAGACACGCGUCUGCUGUACACGUCCCGGCAGCGCUGGGAAAUGCGCAGGAGAACCCCCGCCCCGCUGGGCACACGCUCUCCUAUUGCAGUUUUUUUUCUUUUUAAAACAAAAUGUUUUAUACAUACAUAUAUAUAUAUAU